UAAUGGAUAGUACUGUACAGUAAAUAUCAUCGAUCGCGUUGAUGAAAUACUGCACUGUAGUUUACUGUAGAUAACAAGCUUAUGCUGUUACUAGUGGCUAGCCAGCCAGCUAGCUUGCUAAGCGUCACAACACUAGCCACUUCUAGCGUCUAGUACUAGUAAGUUUAUUUAGCUUACGUACUCUAAACUGUCUCUAUCAAAUGGGCUACCAGGCACACUACCCCUGAGAAAUUUUACAUUGAGGCAUGUGAUGACCGCUCCAAUGAUGUACUGUCCAUUGACAGGGUGUCUACAGAAAUGAUCCUCACUGUGAGGAAAGACAUUCCUCCCCAUGCAGUCACACGGCCAAUAUCUGGUAUUAUGGGAACUAUCCGUCUGGUGGCAGGCACAUACCUCAUUGUCAUCACAAAGAAGAAGAAGGUGGGUGACCUGUUGGGACAUACUGUGUGGAAGGCUAUGGACUUUGACAUGAUCUCCUACAAGAAGACUGUGCUGCACCUGACCGAAAACCAGAUGCAGGACAACAAAGCCUUCUUGUCCAUGAUCAACAGUGUUCUGCACACGGAUGGGUUUUACUUCGCCACUGACUACGACCUCACCCACACCUUACAGAGAUUGGCCAACACCAGCCCUGAGUUCCAGGAGAUGAGCCUGCUGGAGAGAGCAGAUCAACGGUUUGUGUGGAAUGGUCACUUGCUGAAAGAUUUCAUGACACAGCCAGAGCUGCAUAGGUUUGCUUACCCAGUUGUCCAUGGCUUCAUAACUAUGAAGUCCUGCUGCAUCAAUGGGAAGAUUUUUGAUUGGAACAUCAUUUCUAGACGGAGCUGCUUCCGGGCUGGAGUACGCUACUAUGUCAGAGGCAUUGACACAGAGGGACAUGCAGCUAACUUUGUAGAGACAGAGCAGAUUGUCCAGUACAAUGGGGGCAAGGCCUCAUUUGUUCAGACCCGAGGCUCCAUCCCCUUCUACUGGUCCCAAAGACCCAACCUCAAGUACAAACCUAAGCCUCAGAUCAGCAAAGCUGUCAAUCAUCUGGAUGGCUUCCAGAGACAUUUUGACUCUCAGAUAAUUAUUUAUGGAAAGCAAGUUAUUUUAAAUCUGAUCGACCAGAAAGGCUCAGAGAAGCAGUUGGAAAUGUCGUUUGCCAAGAUGGCAUCUAGCUUGGGCAAUGGCAUGGUCAAGUACAUAGCAUUUGACUUCCACAAGGAAUGCAGUCGGAUGAGAUGGCAUCGCUUGCAGAUCUUAGUAGACAUGGUGGCAGAGAUGCAGGAUGAGUAUGGGUACUUCUUGGUGGAUGCAGAUGGGAAGGUUAUGGUUCAACAGGAUGGGAUUUUCCGCAGUAACUGCAUGGACUGUCUCGAUCGUACCAAUGUCAUCCAGAGCCUUUUGGCACGGCGCUCACUGCAGUCACAGCUUGAGCGACUGGGAGUCCUUCACAUGGGCCAGAGGAUUGAAGAUCAAGUUGAUUUUGAGAAGAUCUACAAAAACGCAUGGGCAGAUAAUGCCAAUGCGUGUGCCAAACAGUAUGCUGGCACAGGGGCCUUGAAGACUGACUUCACAAGAACAGGGAAGAGGACACACUGGGGGCUGGUGAUGGAUGGUUGGAACUCCAUGAUCAGAUACUACAAGAACAACUUUUCUGAUGGCUUCAGACAGGACUCCAUUGAUCUCUUCCUGGGAAACUACGCUGUUGAUGAGGCUGAUGUGACCACACCCCUUCAUGAGCCUAAAGACUGGAAGUUUCUCACGUUGCCUAUUAUCAUGGUUGUGGCCUUCUCCAUGUGUAUCAUCUGCCUCCUCAUGGCUGGUGACACUUGGACGGAGACUCUGGCAUACGUGCUGUUCUGGGGCACAGCUAGCUUUGUGACCGCUGGCGUCAUCCUCUUCAAUGGCCGGGACUUUGUAGACGCGCCGAAGCUGGUCCAGAAGGAGAAGAUGGACUGAAUGUGUGCGUGUGGAAAGCAGCUGCACCCCGCAGACUUUUCCUUCUCCUCCACUUCAUCCCUUUCUUCUUCAUCAUCGUACCCUCAGCAUCAACAGGCCUGGAGCCUUUACUGAUGAAUGACCCAACGGCAUGAGGAGAAGGAGAGGAAGAGGAGCCUGAGGGCGGGGCGAUCGAAAGGCCAUGUGUAUGAUACUUACGCUGUGAUGCGCGCAGGGACUCUCUCUGCACUGGCCUGCUGCUGUCCACACCACCAAGCAUACAGUUUGGGGUUUGGCUAGGAAGAUCCUUGCCUAACCAUGUUCAUAGACUAACUGUACAAAAUAGGGUAAUAACUGUCUGGUUUCAUGAUGAUAACCCACGUUAGCGCCGUUCCCCAGUUGCAUGUAAUGCAUUUGAAUAGACUUGGACACUGUUGUUUUGUUGACAGCAACUAUGAAGCCAAGUACUUUUUUUGUGGAUUUGUCGCCUACUAGCUUCAUUGCCAUAUUUGCCCUGUUUUUGCCAUAUUGUCUCAGUGCCCUUUCCCCUGAGUAAUCUUCUCAACCAUGGUACAGUGUCUUAAGUAUGUUGGCUUACCUUAUGUGAUGCCAGUGGCCGCCAGAUGGCUCUGAUCAAGCCAAGAUCCUAAAGCUAGCUCACCAAGUCAGGGAGUGAAUGUGCUAGCUUGACAAUGGUGGAGAACAUAAUGUUCUGUCCGGCCAAUAGUGAAGGAGAGAAUGUUCUAGCUUGUCAGUAGUCAGGGAGCGAAUAUGCUAGCUGGCCAUUAGUUGGUGAGAGAAUGUCUAAGUAGGGAGCUUUAGUCAUGGUGUCGCAACCCCAUUAAUGUCAUUGUAGCUUGCUGUUUUAUUUGCUCACACUGCACUUCUGAGUGCACAGACAGAUCCCAAAAUGGUUUCAGAUGAGGAUUUCUCUGAGAGGUGAGAGUGACAUUUUGUUGUUUUGUCUCUGUAUACCUCACAUUUAUGGAAAGCCACAUGAAACAAAUCAUUUGUUUCGAACUGCAAAUUGUGAUCGAGAGUGUCAAACUGCCUCGAAGAUCAUGGUCACGCAUCCACUCUUCCCUGAAUUCUCACUCAUCUGUAGUGAGAAGGAUCUUUCUUUGACCAGUAGAUUAGUAUACCCAGGCUUCGGCUAAUGUCACAUGGAUUCAUUUGGACCAAAGUAUUAUCGUCCAGUGGGUAAGGGGCAUUAGGGACCUUAAAGUUAUUCAUCCCCUUUGAUCAUUUCCUGUCUUUUAGUGUCUUUCUAAAUGUGGGAAACAUGAACUUUGUUGCACUCUCCUGUCUUAUUUAUUCUUUUAUUAUUGUCUCUCAUGAGCCUGUUUAGGAUAUUCUGUUCUGUAGAACUCACCCCAAAUUAUGAUGCCUUACUGUUGGUUAUUAUAAGAGACAUGGUGAUUUUUAGGAGAUUGGGCCCAAUUCCAUUUCAAUUUAGGUAGUCACUUCCAGUUCACAAUGUUGCUGUCAAAGUGGCACUUGCUGAUCAGAGAAUGUUAAGAAAAAAGUAUGUUGUUGUUAUUGUUAUUAUUAAAGAGCUACUUCACUGAAAAAGAGAUGUUUUAAAAUGGCUUAUGUGGCAUUCAAAAUAAAUGUAAAGAGGAGAAUUUUCUAGAUGAUCGAAGAAAUGGUAUGCCACAGAUGAUGUAACCCAAUAACAUAGCGGGCAGCACAAGUUAUCAGGUAAGCUGAAGCUAAUCUGUGAAAGAUAACUGGGAAUUCUCUUUGAGAUUGGCAGCAGGGAGGUACCUCUGGGUUUCUGAUGCAAUGUUUUAAGAAAGAAUCAACUGAAUAGAACACGAUGAGUAUAAUAUCUUCCCCUUCCAGUAUACUAGACAUCAAACCACACCCAAAGACAACUUUUGUUUGGCUCUAAUCCUGGCAGCUGCAUUUCUCUGUAUAAGCAAGUUUGAAAAUUAGGUUAAGUCACUGAGUUCAGAUGCCCUCCACACUAAUUAAAUUGCCACUUAUGUCUUUUGACUUCAUCUGUAGUAUUCCCAAACAGCAAUUUAGAUAUUGUACAUCUUAUAAAUAUAUUGUACUGUGAGCUGGUUGCCAUGAUAAUGUAUAGGUCCUAAAUCUAGUUAUUAUAGCUAUUGAUGCAUCAUGCUGAAAUUGAUCACCUGCUGUAGCUAUAAUCGUUCGGUACUAAUCUGAUGCAAUACCAGCGGUCUACAUUACUUUCUGAGAAGCAUAAUCUGCCAUAAGCCUAUCAAAUUCAAGAGUUGGACAGCACAUGGUCUGUUUCUGAUCUGUGUUUUCAAACAGAUAGGUUAGGUGCCAUAUAAGCCUGGAUACAAAUAAUGUACUGACCAAGGUUGCACAGUAUCCUUGAUUACAAAUGAUUGUUCUAUUUAAAUCGAUUGUUAUACUGUCACCUUUUUUACUGAUGACUGAGUAAACUUAUAAUGGUUUUAGACAA